UCGUACGAUUUUCUGAAUUUCUGAUAAACCAAACCACGUACGGCGGCGGCGCGGCCGACCGAAAUCGUUAAUAAUAAUAAUAAUAAAAAUAUACUGGGAAAUCUAAUAACAGUGUGUUUAUAAGGUCGAAUACUCGUACACCUCCGCCGACGCAAACCGUCGUCCAACGAUAGCGAACGCGGAAACGCGGAUAGCUAGUCAGGUACCCACGUCCCACUCUUUUCACGACGCGUAAUCGUCAAUUCAUGAAUCGUGACUCGUAGACUAUAAGCACAACUGCACAAGGCAGUCGCUGCACGCACGUCGCGGACCGUGGUCGGUGUCUUUUGUACGUUUUAUGUUAUUAAAAUAUUUUUAUCUUAGUAUUUAGUAAUAAUCGUCCGCGGUGGGUGAUAGUCAACGAGACUUGUGUACCUCUAUCCAUUCCACUGAUUUACCUGACGUCGACGGCGUAUGAAUACAGUGCACUAGAUUGUGUUCAGAUAUGAACGUUCAAUGACCAUCGUUGUAUACAUGUAAUAUAACAAAUAUGACUCUUAAAGGUUGCCUGAAACGGAUUGUUGUAUUUUAGAUCUUUCAAUAUCAAACUACUUUAUUAUAGCUUCAUUGUGCUGUGAAAAAUACAUAUAUCUCAAUAAUGGCACUAUGCAUGUGUUUUUCAUUUAUGAAACCUGUGAUGAUAUUCUUGUUAAUUUGUGUUUUCGCGACAUGCUGCAUAACAUCAAGUUUCUUUGCUAUAAUAUUAUUUCUCAUAUUCAUAGUGAUACCAAUUGUUUUUCGAUAUUCUCCAUCACUUCAAAGAGGAAUGAUAUUCUUAAAUUAUGUUCGUAUGCCAUCUACUGUUAAUUAUAGUCAUCCUGAAAAGUAUGGUAUAAGAGGAACUAGAAAUUUCUAUAUAAAAACAAUUGACAAUAUGACAUUAGGUGUAUGGCAUGUUUUACCACGCAAUUUAUUGGAUAAAUACGAAAAUGAUAAUUCAAUUUAUGAACAACUUUUAAGUCAUGGUGAACCAAUCAUAAUAUAUAUGCAUGGAAACUCAGGUACUCGGGCGAAUGAACAUCGAGUUCAAUUAUACCAUGUGCUUCAAGAUAUCAACUGUCAUGUAAUAGCAGUAGAUUAUAGAAGUUAUGCCGAUUCUACUGAUGUCGAAGUCAGUGAGCUUGGUGUAGUUACAGAUGCAAUGGAAAUGUUUAAAUGGACACAUCAACGUGCUAAUGGCAUCCCGAUCUUUGGUUGGGGUCAUUCUUUGGGAACUGGAAUUGGAGCUCAUGCAUAUUCACUGCUGGAAAAAGAAGGUUUUUAUCCAAAUGGCCUCAUACUAGAAGCUCCAUUUACCAAAAUGAGUGAUGAAAUACGAGAAUAUCCACUUACCAAAAUUCAUCGACUUUUGCCUUGGUUUGAGUUUUUCAUCAUUGAACCAGUUGAGAAAAAUAACAUCAUUUUUGAUACAGAAACAAAUUUGAUGAAUACUAAAAUGCCAAUAUUGAUUUUACAUGCACGUGAUGAUAUUGUAAUACCUUACGAGCUAGGUGAAAAGUUAUACAAACAUCUAUUGGAAACUAGAAAAAAUACAACUACUGAAAUUGUGUUGUACGAUAGACAUUUCAAGUUUGGACAUAAGCAUAUAUGUAAAGAUAAAGAAUUAGGAAAUCGGACCAGGAAAUUUAUCAAUGAGUCUAUAAAAAAUUUAUCUCAGUAA